UGCUGGGCGGCUGACCGUGACAUCAUGUAGUAGGCCCUCAAGUGUUGUCAUCACUGAGCUGCAAUGGUUUUAUACACUUCCCCAUUUCCCAACAGCUUUCUGUCAGUGCUGCACUCCUUUUCUUGGGGCCUCAUUUUCCCAUGUUACUGGCUUGCAGAUCGGCUUGUGGCCUCUUUUGUUCCAACCACCUAUGAGAAGCGUCAAAGAGCAGAUGAUCCCUGCUAUUUUCAUGCGCUCUGCAUCAUCAUUACCACCCCCAUCUACCUGGCGCUCUUGGUAGCCUCUCUCCCGUUUGCUCUGAUCGGCUUCUUGCUCUGGUCCCCGCUGCAGUCGGCGCGAAGGCCGUACGUCUACUCGAGGCUGGAAGACAAGAGCCAUGCCAACGGAGCCGCGCUGCUCACCGAGUGGAAGGCUGCGGGAGCUGGGAAAAGCUUCUGCUUUGGCAGUGCCAAUGUUUGUCUGCUGCCAGAUUCUCUGGCGAGAUUUAAUAAUGUUUUCAAUACACAGGCUAGGGCUAAAGAGAUUGGCCGGAGGAUCCGAAAUGGGGCGAGCAGACCGCAGAUCAAAAUAUACAUAGAUUCUCCUACUAACACAUCCAUCAGCGCAGCAAGUUUUAGCAGCUUGGUCUCCCCUCAGAGUGGAGAUAACACCAACCGUACUGUCAAUGUUGGCAUGAAAAGGACAACAUCUAUGGAGUAUAAAGGAGACAAUUCUGGCUCAAACAACAGUGAGGAUGCUAGAGAGGAUAAGCCUGGAGUUGGAGAGCCAAAUGAAGAAGAAAACUCUUGCAUCGUUCGCAUUAAUGGAGAAGAGAACGGCCUCAUGUCAGACACAGAAGCAGACACUGUCAAUGGGCAGCCAAACGCCAGCGGCCUGGCAGAGCAGUCCCUGGACGGCGAUGCGGAGAACUCAAAAAUGCCCAACCACAAGCAAAAAGAGGGAGAUUCUGGGAGUUUAGACAGCUACACUGCCUCACGAGAGUCCUUGGUUAAAGUUCGCAUUGGAGAUGGUACAGUGGACCAAAGCACUGUCAACAACAAGCUUCUCUACAAAGCUUCAAUCAUGAAGAAGACUUCAGUACGGAAGAAGAAACACACGGAUGAGACCUUCGAUCACGAGAUCUCAGCUUUCUUCCCUGCCAACUUGGACUUUCUGUGUUUGCAGGAAGUGUUUGACAAAAGGGCUGCAGAGAAAUUGAAAGAGCAGCUUCAUCACUAUUUUGAAUACAUUGUCUACGACGUUGGUGUCUACAGCUGCCACGGCUGCUGUAGCUUUAAGUUUGUGAACAGUGGUCUGCUUUUUGCCAGCCGCUAUCCUGUUAUGGAUGCUGCUUAUCACUGUUACCCCAACGGAAGAGGAACGGACUCCUUGGCUUCCAAGGGAGCCUUGUUUCUCAAGGUGCAAGUGGGAAGUACACCUCAGGACCAAAGAAUCGUGGGAUACGUUUCCUGUACUCACUUGCAAGCUCUCGCAGGAGAUACUACUGUUCGAUGUGAGCAACUGGAUAUGCUUCAAGAUUGGCUGUCUGAAUUCAGAAAAUCUACCUCCUCCUCCAGCACAGCCAAUCCCGAGGAGCUGGUGGCUUUUGAUGUCAUCUGUGGCGAUCUCAACUUUGAUAACUGCUCCUCCGAGGACAAGCUGGAACAGCAGCAUUCUCUGUUUACACACUAUAAAGACCCAUGUCGAAUUGGUCCUGGGGAGGAUAAACCAUGGGCAAUCGGUACCUUAUUGGAUCCUGAAGGAUUGUAUGAUGAAGAAGUGUGCACGCCGGAUAACCUGCAGAAAGCACUGGAAAGUGAAGAAGGAAGGAAAGGCUACUUAGUCUACCCCACCAGCAAGAACCAUAGUUCCAGUCAAAAGGGGAGGAAGGCAUCACUGAAAGGAAAUGGCAGGAGAAUUGACUAUAUGCUUUAUACAGAAGAAGGACUCUACCUGGAAUGGAAAGUGGAAGUGGAAGAGUUCAGCUUUAUCACACAGCUAGCAGGCUUGACUGACCACCUACCAGUAGCAAUGCGUCUAAUGGUGUCUACAGGAGAAGAUGACCCCUAAAAGCAACCAGCUUUGAGAUUAGAAGAGGGAAACAUUGACGAUAUUAGGAAAAAAAAAUAAAUCUCAACAUAAGAAAAAACUAUUCUGGUGCCACAUUAGGAAAGAUCAGCAGACCUGACCCAGGCUACGCUCCAGAAUGUACCAACAAUAGAGGAUAUAAAAAGGGAAGAAAUUGAAGGGGUUGUGGCCAGAAAACACUGUCAAAAGUUGCUCAGGCAACAGGGCAGGCCUGUAUUACAAUGCUUUCACUGUGGACCGAAAGGAACUAAGAUGGAAGACCUAAUUCCUUCUGAACCAGUGCCAUUCUUAUUAAAACAUGUUUUUAUACUAAUAUAUAGCACAAUUUAGUUUGUAAUUAGUCUGUGAGUUAGUGCUGCUCAAUGGUUUUUUGCAUAAUUUCUUUGUAUAACUAAGAAGCUAAUGCUUUUUUUUUCUUUUUUAGCCUGUUAAUGUUGUAGUAGCGUGCUUGCAUCGGUAGCAUGCGCCCGCACUGCAUGCCACUCAGAUAAAAUAGUAAGACACCAUGGGGAAAACAAGAAUGGAAGUGAAUUCAAAACUCAGAAACCAGCAAAAGUAAGGCAUUCUGGGACUGGCAAACCUUUCUGUCAAUACAAAUGGAUCUUAAAACAA